AUGUUCCAGCAGUGUGAGGAGCCUCGCUUUACCAUCGAGCAGAUCGACCUCCUACAGAGGCUCAGGAGGACGGGGAUCGGCCACGCCGAGCUCCUCCACGCCCUGGACACCUUGGAGCACCUGGACCGCCCCCAAAGGCGCGACUCAACCCACCGUCUGUCUUGCACCGCCGCCACUCAGACCGUCUUCCCCGACAGCCGAUUGUCGCCGAGUAGCUUCGAUGUAACGUCGCCUGUCGCGACAGCCGCUCAAACCAAUGGGAAAAUGUCGCCACUGCCCAGGUUUCCUCUUGUGGGCUACAGCUACGAGACUGGAGAUGAUGACACGGAUGUUGAAGAGAAAGUGGAAGACUUGAUGAGGAGAGACACCAGCGUCAUUAAGGAGGAGAUCAAGUGCUUCCUAGCCAACCGGCGCAUUUCCCAGGCUGUAGUCGCGCAAGUGACGGGAAUUAGCCAGAGCCGCAUCUCGCACUGGUUGCUGCAGCAAGGUUCCGACCUCAGCGAGCAGAAGAAACGAGCCUUCUUCAGGUGGUACCAGCUGGAGAAGACUAGUCCCGGUGCCACGUUGGGCUUGCGUAGCGCCCCGUUAGCUCUGGAAGAUGUGAUGAUGGAUUGGCAGCAGGCCCAGCCCACAUUUUCCCCCGCUCCAGGGGGUUUCCGCCUGCGCAGGGGCAAUAGAUUCACCUGGAGGAAGGAAUGUCUGGCCGUCAUGGAGAGCUACUUCAGCGACAAUCAAUAUCCCGACGAAGCGAGGAGGGAGGAGAUCUCCAUGGCCUGCAAUGCCGUCAUUCAAAAACCAGGAAAGAAGCUGAUGGACUUUGAGAAAGUUACACCUCUCAAAGUGUACAACUGGUUUGCUAACCGCCGCAAGGACAUGAAGAGACGUGCCAAUAUUGAAGCCGCCAUCUUGGAGACGCACAGCAUCGAUGCCCCCAGUCCCGGAGAACAGUCAAAUGGCGAUGACGGCGACGUCAACGAGUUCCCCGAACAGGUUCCCACACUGCUGCCUAGCUGGAUGGUCGUCCUGGGCCGCGGAGGCUCGUCCGAGACGAAGAGUUCGGAAAAAACUGCCGACGAGGUGGACUUGACGUUGGUUAGCGACAUCAAGACGGAGGCGAUAGAAGACGACUGA